UCUCCAAAGCCCCCCUCCUGUCUAUAAAUUUCCGACGCACCACUGGAUAUGUGGCCUGGUGUGUAACGGGUAUGGCGGUAACCCAGUGGGGUCAUCUGUGUGUGCCCAUAUGUGACAAGGGUGACAGUGGGUGACCCGUGGUGACUGCGUGGCUCUGUCACUCCAUGUGAUACUGUAGGAUGGGGUCCAACAAUGGUGUGUAAUGCUGUGUAACCCAGUGUAGGACAGCACGGCCCCCGGGGCAUCUGUGUAACCCAGCGUGACCACAUGUGGUCUAGCGUGACUGCACAGGACAGAUGUGACAGGGUGACCGAGUCGUUCUGUCAUUCUGUGUUUUGGUGUGUAUGUGACAUAGAUUGUCACUCUCCGGGGUCGUGUGGGAAGGUGGUGGUUGCAUAAGAUAAUGUGUCACAGCACUGGCCUUGCUUUUGAGUCCUGACUCCACCAUGUAACUUCCUGGAGCCUCCAUUUCCUCAUCUAUAAAAUGGGAAUAAUGAUAGCGUCUUCCUUGUAGGGUUGUUGGGAAAGAUUAAAUACAUGUGCUAAGAGCAUUGUCUUAUACAGGUAUUAACUAUUACCGUGGCAGCUGCUAUUACCUUUAUUAUGGUGAUAUUGGGGCAGUGUAUGUGCUUAUAUGUGGUGUGUGUGACUACAUGUGGCAUGGUGGUGUGACUGUAUCUCAGUGACUGUAUCACUGUGUAGCUGGAUAUUGCAGUGGGUCCCAGGCCCCAGUGUCUCCAUUACACAUCACCCUAGAUAUAUAGCAGGACCUAUGGCACCCCCCGAAGCUUCCAUUACUGUGGUUGUUAGCUGCUGUCAAGUUGGUUCCAACUCACAGUGACCCCAUGUACAGCAGAACAAAACACUGCCCAGCCCUGCACCAUCCUCAUGAUCGUUGUUACGCUUGAGCCCAUUGUGGGAGACACUAAGCUGACCUCUUAGCCUUCCACUGGCCCCCACAGAAUCCUGUGCAAACCUCCACAUGGCCUCCUCACUGUGUGCAGCUAGCCUGGGCAGGUUGGUGAGACUACACUCUCAUCCCAGGGGCCCCCGAUCUCAGAGGCCUCUCACUACUACCCUCCACAGAGAGGGAAGAUACUAUGGCUGAGUGAAUGGGACUGGGUGAGGGGUGUGCACAGACCUCCUAGGUGCUAAGGGAGCAAGGUGGUGGGCCAGUGGUUAAAAGCUUGGCUGCUAACCAAAAGGGUGGCAGUUCGAAUCCACCAGCCGGUCCUUGAAAACCCAAUGAGGUAGUUCUACUCUGUCCUGCAGGGUCACUAUGAGUUGGAAUUGACUCAACGGCAAUCAUUUUUCAGGCCUGCAGAAUGAUGAGGACCUCCGGGCACUGCUGAAGGGCAGUCAGCUUCUGAAGGUGAAGUCCAGCUCAUGGCGGAGAGAGCGCUUCUACAAGCUGCAAGAAGACUGCAAGACCAUCUGGCAGGAGUCCCGCAAGGUCAUGCGGACACCGGAGUCCCAGUUGUUCUCCGUGGAGGACAUUCAGGAGAUACGGCAGGGACACCGCACGGAGGGCCUGGAGAAGUAUGCCCGUGAUGUGCCCGCAGACCGCUGCUUCUCCAUCAUCUUCAAGGACCAGCGCAACCCGCUGGACCUCAUCGCCCCGUCACCCGCCGACGCCCAGCACUGGGUGCAGGGUCUGCGUAAGAUCAUCCACCACUCAGGCUCCAUGGACCAGAGGCAGAAGCUGCAGCACUGGAUUCACUCCUGCCUGCGGAAAGCUGACAAAAACAAGGACAACAAGAUGAGCUUCAAGGAGCUGCAGAACUUCCUGAAGGAGCUCAACAUCCAGGUGGAUGAUAGCUAUGCCCGGAAGAUCUUCAAGGAAUGUGAUCGCUCCCAGACAGACUCCCUGGAGGACGAUGAGAUCGAGGUCUUCUACAAGAUGCUGACCCAGCGGGAGGAGAUCGACCGGAUCUUCGCCGAGGCCACGGGCUCCGGGGAGAUCCUGUCGGUGGAUCAGCUGGUUAAGUUCCUGCAGCACCAGCAGCGGGAGGAGGCUGCGGGGCCUGCACUGGCUCUCUCCCUCAUUGAGCGCUAUGAGCCCAGUGAAACUGCCAAGGCGCAGCAGCAGAUGACCAAGGACGGCUUCCUCCUGUACCUGCUGUCGGCGGACGGCAGCGCCUUCAGCCUGGCACACCGGCGGGUCUACCAGGACAUGGGCCAGCCGCUCAGCCACUACCUGGUGUCAUCCUCACACAACACCUACCUGCUGGAAGACCAGCUAACCGGGCCCAGCAGCACCGAAGCCUACAUCCGGGCGCUGUGCAAAGGCUGCCGCUGCCUGGAGCUCGACUGCUGGGAUGGGCCCAACCAGGAGCCGAUCAUCUACCAUGGCUACACCUUCACUUCCAAGAUCCUCUUCUGCGACGUGCUCAGGGCCAUCCGGGACUACGCCUUCAAGGCGUCCCCCUACCCCGUCAUCCUGUCCCUGGAGAACCACUGCAGCCUGGAGCAGCAGCGCGUGAUGGCGCGGCACCUCCGAAGCAUUCUGGGCUCCGUGCUGUUGGACCAGCAGCUGGACGGGGUCACCAACAGCCUGCCGUCCCCCGAGCAACUGAAGGGAAAGAUCCUGCUGAAAGGAAAGAAACUUGGGGGACUCCUGCCCCCCGAAGGAGAAGGCGGCCCUGAGGCCAUUGUGGUGUCAGAUGAGGACGAGGCUGCGGAGAUGGAGGAUGAGGCAGUGCGGAGCCGCCUGCAGCACAAACCCAGGGAGGACAAGCUCAGGCUAGUGAUGGAACUCUCCGACAUGGUCAUUUACUGCAAAAGCGUCCACUUUAAGGGCUUCUCCAGGCCUGGCACCCCCGGGCAGGCCUUCUACGAGAUGGCGUCCUUCUCUGAGAACCGUGCCCUCCGACUGCUCCAAGAAGCAGGAAACAGCUUUGUCCUCCACAACGUGGGGCACCUGAGCAGGAUCUAUCCCGCUGGCUGGAGAACAGACUCCUCCAACUACAGCCCUGUGGAGAUGUGGAACGCAGGCUGCCAGAUCGUGGCCCUGAACUUCCAGACACCUGGCCUGGAGAUGGAUGUGUACCAGGGCCGCUUCCAGGACAAUGGGGCCUGCGGGUACGUGCUGAAGCCUGCCUUCCUGCGAGACCCCAGCUCCCUCUUCAGCCCGUGUGCGCUGACUCAGGGCCCCUGGUGGACUCCAAAGCAGCUCAUUGUCAGAGUCAUCUCGGGCCAACAGCUUCCGAAAGUCAACAAGAACCAGAAUUCCAUUGUGGACCCCAAAGUGAUAGUGGAGAUCCAUGGCGUGGCCCGGGACAUGGCCAGACGCCAGACUGCUGUAGUCACUAAUAACGGUUUCAACCCGUGGUGGGACACGGAGUUUGAGUUUGAGGUGCUGGUGCCUGAGCUUGCCCUCGUCCGCUUUGUGGUAGAGGAUUAUGACGCCUCCUCCAAGAAUGACUUCAUUGGCCAGAGCACCAUCCCCUUGAGCAGCCUUAAGCAGGGGUACCGCCACGUCCACCUCUUGUCCAAGAACGGAGACCUGCACCCUUCAGCCACCCUCUUUGUGAAGGUCUCCCUCCAGGACUAGGCUUGGGGAUUCCUGUGGGGAUGCCCGAGUGGGCCAGGCCUCUGUCCACCCACCGGGGCAGGGCUGGCGUGGCCCAGAGCUAGAGGCCCCCAUACUGCCUUCAGCUCAACACUGUCCAUGCUGCUGCCUCUCUGGGGUUCCGGAGCUGGUCCAGUCCCCGGAGCUGCCCUCAAUUCCGUUAGAACACACUGCAGCCCUCUCCACCCUCCGGCCAGCCCUGGGUCGAGGAUUUUUAUAAAAAUCAUAAGAC